GUGCGUAUGAGUCGACGCCAUUUCGUGUCCACUGGUUCAAGGUGAUACACUGAGCCUGCAGAGCCGCGCGCGGAUCUUUACCUGCUCAAGUUAAAACCCCAAAAACAAACAGCAGCGUUGACUUUUACUCAUUUUUAAGUAUUAAGCUCCUGUUUUUGAAGCCUCUUUUUUGAACAGCGGCAAAUCAAACACAAAGAUACCUGCUCUUGAUAAUAACAAUGAUGUCACCAUUAUCACCCCCAAUAAGUCACACAGGCAGGCAGACCUCCACCGACCCGAGCACAGACACAAUGGAUUGGUCUUCGUCUUCUUCCUCUAGCCUGAUGGCCAGCAGCAACGUGACCAACAAGACGGACCCUCGCUCCCUCAACUCCCGCGUCUUCAUCGGCAACCUCAACACCCUGCUGGUCACCAAGGCCGACGUGGAGGCCAUCUUCUCCAAGUACGGCAAGGUCGUCGGCUGCUCUGUCCACAAGGGCUACGCCUUCGUCCAGUACUCCAAUGAGAGGAACGCCCGGGCUGCCGUGGGCGGCGAGGAUGGCCGAAUGAUCGUGGGACAGGUGCUAGACAUCAACCUGGCCGGUGAACCGAAACCUCACAGAUCAAAGACAGUGAAGCGUUCAGCAGGAGACAUGUACAGUUCAUCCGUUGAUUUGGACUAUGACUUUCAAAGAGAUUACUAUGAUAGGAUGUACUCCUACCAGUCCAGAGUGCCUCCUCCCCCUCCACCUCCGCUGUCCCGUGCCGUCAUUCCCUCAAAGCGUCCGCGGGUCAGCCUGAGCGGAGGAGGGAGCCGACGAACCAAAACCAGCUUCUCGUCCUCCAAGAGCAGCCAGAGGACCUCGCGUACGAUGAAGGUCGAUGAACUGCAGACCAUCAAGAGAGAACUCACGCAGAUCAAGCACAAGGUGGACUACCUGCUCGAAAGCCUGGAGCGCAUGGAGAAGGACCACAGCAAGAAGUCAGAGAUGAAGAGCAGCAAACCAGAACCAGGCGAGGUGUCCUCCCUCAACUCCUCCACCUCGAGCAAGAAAGACGACAGCCUGAAACGGGACCGAGAGAGCCAGGAGCUGAACGACUCCGAGGAGGAGGAGGAGGGGGAUCUGCUGGAGGACGAGGACGAGAUGAAAAGCAGAGGGAGGGAGGAGGACGACGAGGACGAGGAGGAGGAAGGAGAGCAGGAGGAAGGAGAGGACGACGGCGACAGCGCCAACGGAGAUGACUCCUAAACACAGGCACACACACACACCUACACACACACACACACACACACACACACACAUACACAAAACAAGUUGUGUAUGAUUGUAUCUCCAUGCCAGACGUGUACGCGGUGGUCAUGUGCUCAUAUCUGCUGAAUCGACUGGACGUUUCUAAACAGUGUGUUUGUAGAUAUCGCUUUCUCUCUCUUACUCUCACACACACACACACACACACACACACACACACACACACACUCAUCAGUACUUGUUUCUGGAUUUUCUUUUUGAUGUCCUGUUUUUUUUUAAAUGUUCUUUUUUAUGGGCGUUUUCCGGCAUUGGAUAAAUGAAACUCUGACGUGUUUCAGGUUGAGGUGAGGAUAAAUUUAACAUUGUCUAACAUUGUAUGUUUGAACUCAGGGCUAUAAGCCGCCACAGUGUCAGAACUUUGAAAGGAAAAACGGUUAAGGCCUCGUCAAUAAGUAUCUUUUUAUUUAGUAAAGUCUAACACCUGACAGAGGCCGACAUUGAAACAAAUCCAGAAGAAAGACUAAUGCUCAGGUCGUCACCGUCAGUCUUGAGACAGAAUACCACACAUGGUACUCACAAAACCCGGGCGUGAAAAUGUAGAAAACAUUUUUAAAAUAUAUUCCUGAUCCAGCUGCUGCACAGCUGCCUUCAAACCAGCAGGUGGCAGCACAUCACAACAACUCGUCCACACACAAAAGGACUUACAGAAUAUCUUCACCAUCUGCUCGUCAGAUAACAACACGAGCAGCAGGUCACGUUGUCCUGCUCCAACACCCGGACACAACAGAAAAAUGUAAAAAAAAAAAAAAAAAUCGUGCUCGCUCUGAAAAAAAAAAUGUUUUGGUUUGUCGCAGAGGUCUUGCGACCUUCACCGACCUUGACUUGUGUAAUGCAGUGCUACUCCAUGUUUGUCUGUUUCCGUUGGAUGUUCUGUUUGUCAUUCGACUGCACUGGUGAAAGUCAAUAAACAUGUUUUCCAAGUUGGAA